CUCUGGCGGUAAAGACGACAAUUCCCAGUCCCUUUCUCGCCUUCGGACCCCCUCCCCCCUGUCUCCAUCAUCCUCUCUCUUGCAUCCUCUCUUUCUUUCUAAUCCAAGUUAGUUCUCCAUUCUUCUGUGUCCAAUCUCUGAGAAAAAUCCCACAGUUUCUCCAAUACUGCAUCGACUUUGUCUUGUUAUUGUACAACAUACUAACAAUAAUACAACUGACACAUUGCCUAGUUUACAACUUGUAUUUGAUAUACUACUGCUGCUAUGUGGUCCAAAGUAUGUGCACACAUGAUUUUUUCAUCUCAUAAACUUACAAAUUAUUAAUUCAAAUUCUUUUUUUAUAUGUCUGGCUCUGAUAUAAAAGAUCCAUCCUCCAGUGGUGGUGGUGGUGGGUAUGAUGAUGAAGAAGAAGAACAAGAACAAGAACAAGUUACUAGUAGCCCAGCAAAAAGGGAUGGUCUAAAGAAGGAAACUGGACAAGGGGGUAAUAAAGAACCCAAAAGGGUGUCUAUAUUUCGAUUUGGGAAGGCCAAGAAAAAGCUGAAGCUGUUGCAGAGUAAUAGGAGGAGGAGGAGGAGGAGGAAGGCUGGUUUCAUAAAUUCAGGGGGGUGUUUUGGGAGAGGUGGAGGGGAAGGUGGGGUGGUAGAGGGUUGUUGUUGCUUGUGCACAAAGCAACCGCAGGCAGUGGAUUCCUCAGGUGAGUCGCCACCCACCAGUGAUCCUAAUAGUAAGGAGUUUACUUAUGACAUGUUGAAAGUUUUUAUUGAAAAGAAUGAUUUUUAUGCUGCAGAUUGUAAUCCACAUUUGGAUUCCAGUUAAAUUUUGUAUAAGAUGAUUAGAAGUGAAAGGAGAAAUUUUCAAGGGAAUUGCUUGGUUGUUUUAAUUUUCAAUUGGACUCCUCCACUCAUUCCUCGUAAAAAAGAUUCAAAAAGAUGAUUUUUUUUCUUUUUUUUUUUGUAAAAAUUUUGAGUAUUUGAUAUUCGAUUACCUUGCAGAGGCUUUUGUGGGGAACAUAAAUCAAAAUGCAAAAUUCGAGGUGAAUGAUUUCAAAGGUGUAGGAACUGUAGGGAUAUAAAGAUCAAAAUUUGAUAUCUGUAUACUUUCUUGAAUAUUCGAUGCAUGUCGGUUUAUGAAUAAAGAUCAAAAUACUGGGGAAGUAUGUCAGUUUAUGAUAUUCGAUGAAGUAGCAUGAGUUGUGGAGGAAUUGUUGUCUUCAUGUUCUUUGAGACCACAUGAAGUAGCAUUAUCAGGAUUUCGGUGUUGUGGAAAGCUCAGAAAAGUUUGGGCCUUUGAGAAUGCGAUCUUUGCUGCUACUAUUAUUAAUGCAUUGUUUUUGCAUAGGUCUGUUCAUGAAAGUUUUCACAUGAUCAUACAUCUGAGGUACAGUAUAUGUAUUACCCAGAGGAAAAGAAGAAAGGGAUACUAAAUAGAAGAUAAGAAAUGGAAAGAGAAUGAGAAAAUAGUGCGUAGAAGAGAAUGGUCUCAAAUUGGUUACUUGAGUUGUUAAAACUUUUUGAGCUAGAAGUGGGUUCUCUGUUUCAUCCAGGUUUUUAAAAGUGAAAUCUGUGCAAUCAUUUAUCAAUACUCAUCUUAGCAGGAAUGCAAAAAAAUUUUUUGCACAAGUCAUCUCAGAAACUUCUCUAAUAUUUGUAGCAAAGCUCUUCUAUGUGUUGCAUGUGGUCUGGAUAUGGACCACAGAAGGCUAAGGGAAAUUCCUGGUGUGCUAUUUUGAAGGAAACUCAGUUAUAUGGAUGUGCUACAUCCUGGAAUUGGUUCAUAGAUAUGUUUCCUGCCUCCUGGUGAAUUGAAUUUUCUUAACUAUUUAGGUGAGUGAAUCAAAUUGUCAUCUCAUCUCAUUUUUACAAUAAGCUGGAGCUUGUUAAUUUAGAUUGAUUGCAAUUUUGUUGUUGCCAUAGCUCAUCUGUAUCUCUGAAGCGCUGCAAGAGGAUUUUUCACUCAAGGUCAUAUAUUGUAGUGCGUGUCAGGAAAUGGUUGAGUUUCUCUCAGUUGUAUAUUUGUAUUUUGCCUCAAAAUCUUCAAGUUCUUGUUCUUCUUCUUUUUAAUUGUUUGAUUACAUUUGAUAGAAGUCUAGUGUUCCCCCAGACUGUAAAUAGUUGAUAAGUACCAAAUGGUUGGAGAAUCUCCAUCACUGCAUGCUUAUAAACUUCAGAAGAUGCUGUAAGAUUGGGGCACAAUUGUCAUUUAGAUGACACAGCUUGAUAACUGCCAUUUCAAAAGUUACUUUGAAAAGUGCGAAGAAUUUUGAUC